UAUAAAUAAUGACAAUACGAGGGCCUUCCUUGUCACCAUGUGGGCAACCCUAUUGUUUUGUCUACCAACAAACUGUACAAUCAGACUCGGACACAGCUACAUUAAUGCCCUGAUUCCUGAGGAAAAGCUCCUCUAUGGGCAUACCUUACUUCACGAGCAUUCACCUUAUCAAUGAUAACCUUAGCAUCCCCAGCACCAACAUCCCCUCCCAGCCCUGAACUACGCACCAACAAAAGAGAGUUUCAACAAAAGAAGAAUUUGAACAAUCAAUUUGAAGAGAAUACAUAAAACAUUAUUAUAUGAAUUGUUUCAACCUAUAAUACUAAAUUUUUUGAGGAAGAUGGCGGAUAAUCGUCUCUCUCACCAAGAGCUUUAACCAGCAAUAUUGUGAAGUGGGCAAAAUCAGAACAAGUUGCGUCAAGAACUCUUCAUCCAUAAAUGAUAAAACAGUCGCAGCGUUACUGGACAAGUACUAAGGCAUGGAAAAGUUGGAUCUCGGAAGUAUGAUCUUGUCGCUUGAAGGACCUCUGAUUUCCCCAGGCCUAGGUACUCCAUUCCUCUGUCUGGAGCUCGAUCGAUUUCCCUCCAUAAAUUGAUUCUUCCGCAAGAUGAGCGAUUGUGGAAACGGAGCGGAAGAAGUGAAAGAAAGCUGGGCCUGUUCAUCAGGCCUCAAAACAGUCACUGGGCUUGUUGAAGCAUUUGGAAGGUGGGUUUUUCUACUGUAUCCAGUAAAAUGUGAAAAUUGAAGCAAAUGACAAGUUUAAUUAUUGAGCGGUAAUUAUCUGGUCAAAUAUAGCAACUCCAUUAAAGCUAAACAGCUAACGGAAGCUCAACUCAACGAUCCAGUGCCCAAGAUUAAAGAUCCUGUUCUCUCCCCGUUCCCCCUGUAAUUCCUGAUCCAGCCACCACGGAAACUGGGGAAGAAGCCGAAGUAGAGACUGAAACUGGGUGGCUGCUGCGGCAAUACUCCGACCGGCCAAGACAAUCUCUUUGCAGGAAGCGUCCAGUGACCAUUUUGGAUGAGACCCGACAGAAUUCAGCUGCUAAUGGCACCGCUUCAAUUUUCGGUACCGGUAAAUCUCUCUCCCCCAUCUUUUCUCGCUUCUCUGUUCCUCUUUCCUCCGUCGUCGCUUGCUUUCCUCCAAUUUAAUGUGGGAACUUCUGUGUUGCUUAGUUGAGUAUUUCCCAAGCUUGAUCCAGAAAACAAAAGGUCAGCUCUUUUCCGAUUUGGCUUGGCAUACGAAGCUUCCCAAAUCCCAACUAGCAAAAUUUUUCCUUUACUUGUUCAUCUUGUUUCUCCCCUUAUGACGUUGACCCUUUUGCGGUCGAUAAUAGAGACGCAAAACUGAUGUCAUUUAAAGAGUGAAUGAUUGGGAAGCUGACAUGAUUGGGAAUUUGCUUGGAAAUUUCGCGGGUGGUUGUUGUUCUCUUUAAAUUGGAUCCUGGGUACGCUUUGAAUUGUAAGCAAAACCUCCAUCCAUGCAGGUUCUUAGGCGGGGUGGAGUAGUAGAACACUCUGCUGGGUCUCACAAUGAGGCUUUCAAUACUAGGAUCUCGUAAGAUUGCAAUCCGGUUCUUUUCUACUGUCCUAAUGGCUUGUGAUAGUCCAAGGGAGCCCUUGCUUUCAGGGUCAUCCAACCCCAACCCUCAAAUGAGCUCAUCAGCAAAUGCUCCAAAGAGAAGGGUGCUGAGACGUAUUAGGAGUGCUCCUCAAGCGGAUUUGGCUCCUCCAGCACCAGCUGGCAAGGACAAUGGGCCGAUCCCCUGUGCAGAGUCUAUCUUUGGGAACCUUCACCCUAGCAUUAAGCAAGUAGCUAUUUACUUGACUAUCUACUUGGGCCUCGGCACGCUAUCCUUUUACCUUGUGAAAGAUGACAUCACAGGGAAGAAGACUAACAAUCUUCUUGAUGCGCUGUACUUCUGUGUUGUCACCAUGACCACUGUGGGAUACGGAGACUUGGUCCCAAACAGUGCCGCCACGAAGCUACUCGCCUGUCUGUUUGUCUUCAGUGGGAUGGCUCUCGUUGGCCUGAUAGUGAGCAAAGCAGCCGAUUACUUGGUGGAGAAGCAAGAGAUUCUGCUAGUGAAGGCGAUGCACCUGCGAGACAAAACCGGCCCAACCGAAAUCCUUAAAGAAGCCACGACCAAAAAGGCGAAGUACAAGUGCCUGUUGACUGCAGGAAUCAUUGGAGUGCUCAUGGUGGCUGGAACCGUGUUCCUCUGCCAAGUCGAGAAUCUGGGAUUCAUUGAUGCCUUCUACUGUGUGUGUUCCACCGUCACCACCCUGGGGUACGGUGAUAAGAGCUUCUCCACGAGCGGUGGGCGCCUCUUCGCUGUGGUUUGGAUAAUGGUAAGCACCAUUGGGCUAGCUCAGCUGUUCCUCUACGUGGCGGAGGUGUUCACUGAGAGCAGACAGAGGGCACUGGUGAACUGGGUUCUUACUAGAAAGAUGACCACUGGGGACUUGGAGGCUGCUGAUAUCGACUGUGAUGGCCAUGUCGGGUGUGCGGAGUUUGUGCUGUACAAGCUGAAAGAGAUGGGGAAGAUCACCCAGGAAGAUAUCAUGCUGGUAACUGAUGAAUUUGAGGGCCUUGACGUCGACCAAUCGGGUUCGAUCACCGCGUCUGAUCUGUUUCUGGCUCAAUCAACUGAAGCAAAGAAGUGAGGGCUCUUAUACAAAGAAGUCUCAAGUGUUUGGUCUGCUUGUAUGAUGUGUAGUAGCGUCCUCUAAUGUCAAAAAUUUCCUGUAAACUUUUUCUUCCUUACCCACCGUUGGCGUUUGUAAUGUAUGAAUGUAUGGAAGCUAUAUUUCGCUGGGAAAUUGGCCCAAUGGUGGUAUAUCGUCUAUUUGCUUGGGCUUCUGGCCCAUGAAAUGGUCCUCCCGAAUCCACAACCAUAUUCGGAUUCCACACCCGACAUCAGCGGCGUGGGCCGCACACGAGUACUGUCCAUUUGUCUCGACCAAUCAUGGCCACGUUGGGUGGAUGGGAUGGGACCCACCGCCGCAUAAAAAAUUCAACGUCUC